AUGAAUCAGUACGGAGGGACCGCACAAGCAAAUAAUUAUUGGUCUAAUCCAGAAAUGAAUCAGUACGGAGAGACCGCACAAGCAAAUAAUUAUUGGUCCAAUCCAGAAAUAAAUCAGUACAGAGGGACGAGAGAAGCAUAUAAUUCUUGGUCCAAUCCAGAAAUAAAUGAGUAUGGAGGGACCGCAGAAGCAAAUAAUUAUUGGUCGUCUCCUAAAAUUAUUGGGAAUGGGCCACUACCAGAUACAAAUGAGCAUUCUCCAUUCCCUGAAACUAUUGGAUAUAAUUCCCAAUCAAUAAUAUCCGAAUAUUGGCCAUCCCCAGAAAUGAGAGUAUAUGAACAAUCGUCAAAACACCAGUAUUAUGCGCCACCAAUACAACUGCUACAACAUGGUCAGGAGCCUAAAUUAUCCACAGAAGUGCAGCAGCCAUUUGUACUACCCAGAAAAGGGAAACAAACAGAACUUUCCAAAUCAAAGUCUUCAUCUGUCAAUUCUUCAAAAACUGUAAAACCAAACCAUCUACCGUCAGAAUCUUUUCAGAAUCUAUUACAUACGACCGAUCAGCAUCUUAACGCUAUAUUUCAUAUAACUGUUCACGGAGCCACUCACAAAAAGGAAAUGCCUAGGCUGUAUCUCGAUAAUCGUUGCAAUGGUCUGCAAGGUAGAUUAACAAACAAAAAGUAUGAUAAACCGAUAGCAUCACUAUCGGAAAGACGUAUGGAGAAGUCUUACGGAGGGACCGCACAAGCAAAUAAUUAUUGGUCUAAUCCAGAAAUGAAUCAGUACGGAGAGACCGCACAAGCAAAUAAUUAUUGGUCCAAUCCAGAAAUAAAUCAGUACAGAGGGACGAGAGAAGCAUAUAAUUCUUGGUCCAAUCCAGAAAUAAAUGAGUAUGGAGGGACCGCAGAAGCAAAUAAUUAUUGGUCGUCUCCUAAAAUUAUUGGGAAUGGGCCACUACCAGAUACAAAUGAGCAUUCUCCAUUCCCUGAAACUAUUGGAUAUAAUUCCCAAUCAAUAAUAUCCGAAUAUUGGCCUUCCCCAGAAAUGAGAGUAUAUGAACAAUCGUCAAAACACCAGCAUUAUGCGCCACCAAUACAACUGCUACAACAUGGUCAGGAGCCUAAAUUAUCCACAGAAGUGCAGCAGCCAUUUGUACUACCCAGAAAAGGGAAACAAACAGAACUUUCCAAAUCAAAGUCUUCAUCUGUCAAUUCUUCAAAAACUGUAAAACCAAACCAUCUACCGUCAGAAAAUUUUCAGAAUCUAUUACAUACGACCGAUCAGCAUCUUAACGUUUCUGAUAUGAAGGAAAUUGACUCGAAUAAUGACGGUUCUGCUGUAUAUAAUGCAGUGAAAAACCUUACGCAAGACGAAGAACAAAAACUGUCUGAAAAUAAAAUUGCAGACUGCAUAAAUGAAGAAUAUUUUACUGAGUCCAAUGAAACAGAAGAGUCUCCUGCUGGAAACAUUACAAAUGUUCCUGUCUCUUCAGCAGAAAUCAAUUCAAAUGAACGUAAACACAUUAGAUUACGACCAUUAUUGAAUGCUUUUAUUGAACUGGAAACAUAUUCUUUAGUAUCGGAAAUAAUAUAUGAAGAAGAAGAGCCUGACUCAACAGAUGAUCUGUCAGAAAGUGAUUACAGUAUUGAGUUAGAUACGAUGUCAAGUGAAGACGAACUUUCUGAUGAUAUGAACAAAAAUGAAAUAUUUGACGAGUGUGAUAUCGAUCAAAAUAUAUUAAUAAAGGAUCAAUAUCAAGCAGAAAAUAAUGAAACAUAUGAUUUGGCAUCAGUCAGUGCCACUUGUCCUGAUAUUGAAUCAUAUAUAUCAGAUUUAACAAAAUCGGAUAAGAUAUCAAGUAUUUCUGAAGAACGGCCUGCGUCAAAUUGGAAAAAGCACGUAGAUGAUAUUUCUUCAUUAAAUAAUUCUAGUAAAAUAGUCAAAGAAAAAAUUAUUAAUGUGCAACCUGAAAGGGAUCUUGGUUUAUAUCAAGAAAUAGGAGAAAAUGAAUUGGACGCACUUCAAUUUGAUGAAAGUGAAUUUGAAGUAAACACGAAGCUUUCAGAAUUUAAUGAUGUUGUGAGAGAUUCAAUUGGAUCAGAAGAAUUUAAAGAAGGAUGUUACAUGCAUAGAUUUCUUCAGAGAUAUUUUUCGUCGACUACGACGUUUAAUCUGCACUUCAAAUUAAAAAAUAGUGUCAUUGCUAAUGAAAAAUGA